UGAAUAAGUUUUUUUUCUCUUGCUUCUGUCUUUCUGUCUUGAAAUCGAAACAAGCGAAAUAGAAAGAGAAAAAAAACGACCAAAUUAGUCGGCCAACCAGCAUUGAACCGAAAUUUCUUAUGUUUUUGACUUGAACAAAAUUGUUGCUAAAAUUUUAAAUAAUCGUUUGAUAUUGUGUAUUAGGAAAUAUGUCUGUAUAUUGAAUAUCUGAUGGGUAAUUCAUAAAAGUAUAAUCACAACAAAAAAGAAAUAUCGUCUCUAAAUACAAUGAAAAGCAAUCCGUAAUUCAAAACACAAACACUAAAAAAUCAACAAAGUCUACAACGAUCAGCCAAUUGUCAAAAAGUGGAAGCCAAUUUAUUGGAAUGACAUGAGCGCUUACAUCGUCCAAUAAAGUAAUAGUAAAAAUUAAAGCGGACAAAAAAUAAACGUUGAACGUUCCUUCAGAUAAAAAUUAACAGAAGACAACAGUAGAGUUUAUAGACUGAUUUUGUAUAAUAUUAAGUACGAGAUUACACAUUUUAGAUAAAAUAAUACUUGCUUGAUAUAGGUGACUGGUGCGAAAUAACAAAUGAACAAAUCUACGUUUUUUUAAGUUCAAGUGCAUAGAAUAUAGUGCACAACAAGAAAUCUUCAUCAAAUGUUUGAGACAACUAGCAGCCUAAUCUUUCCAUAGUACUAUUCGAUCAAAUUAGGAGUGAGCAUUUAGGAGCUAAAAAUGGGCAAACGUAUGGCAGUCGUCGAGGCGAAGCAUUCAUUGCAAGCCACUCGCACUAUUCGCAAACGUAAGCGAAACUCUUCCGGAGCAGCAAUUGAUUCCGAAAUGAUCUCGACAACAGCCAAGGCAACGAGAGGAAGUCAUAACUAUUGGCACGAAAAUGAUGACGAAGAUUCAUCUUCAAAUGAAGCCACACAUGUAACACCAGUGAUUAGAAAUCCAUCUACAAAGCAUGCCAACAAUUCGUCAAUUCUUCUUAGCGCAAAUACAUCACUGAAUGAAUCCCCAAAACCAGUGUAUACAUUAUUACCAUCCAUUGUUAAUGGGACUAUUAUGUACGAUCUAAUGCAGAAACCUUGGCGGCUUGGUAAACCUAUUGGCAAAGGAAAUUUUGGAGAAAUAUUUUUAGCUUCAGAUAAUACUUCCAUUCCGGUUACUAAUGAAAAUGCAAAGUUCGUUGUAAAAAUUGAACCACAUUCAAAUGGACCCUUGUUUGUGGAAAUUCAUUGUUUGAUGAACACUGCCAAAGACGAAUAUAACCAUAUAAAAACCGAAACUGAUAAAAAUAAUAGACAAGAUUAUACGGCGCCACUAAUGCAGCACCUACCAACCGGUAUACCUAAAUAUAUUGCAUCGGGCUCUCAUUAUUUUGGAGAUGCACGUUACCGUUUCCUGGUUUUGCAGCGUUUUGAUCGCGAUUUGCAUUCAUUGAUAAAAAAUUGUCGUGUCCAUCAGAAAUGCGUGUUAACUCUAGCCAUACAGAUUGUGGAUGUUUUAGAAAAACUGCACGACAAGGGCUACUGCCAUAAUGAUGUAAAGGCACAAAAUCUUAUGAUUUCCAAAUGCAAGUAUUAUAAAAAACAAACUGCAACUGCUCCAGUUGCAACAGGCAAAAGCAAAUCAUCCCGUUCUUCAAAUGUAAAGUCUUCAAGCUAUGAUGAACACUACGAAGAAAAGCAACAAACAACUGAUAGUGGAAAUAGUUCUGAGCAAGAAGCAAAUGAUGAUGAAGAGGAUGAAGAUUUCAUUAUAAAACGAAAUAAAUUUGUUGACGAAUAUGAAGAUGAGGACUUUGAUGAUGGCGCUACUACCAACAGUAAUAACAGUAACAGUGUAGAUCUUUAUGAAACACCACUAAAUCGUAAUCGCAAACGUCGUCCACGAAAUAAUAUUGAAUUUAGUGGUUCCAAUCCGGUACGCUCAUGUCGCAGACAAAAAAGAAAUUCCAUAUAUGAAGAAAUGGUGAAGUCUCAUUAUUUACGUCCUGCAAAACGUAUUAGUUACUCAGAAUUCUUUAAUGAAGAUACUACUUCCAUAAAAGAUGAACCAUUGGAAUCGAAGUCUGUGACAACAGAUGAUGAUUUUGAAGAAUUUUUACCGAGGUCUGCACGUCGUUCCGGUACAAUAAAGAAAUCGAGUCAUGCUUCAAAUUCCUGCUUACCAACAACACGGUUAACACGACGUCAAGAGAAAAUUUUUAAUAAGUUAAACGCUAAUAAGCAUUUACAAAAAACUAACUGCGAUAAUUCGCCAUCCACAGCUGUCGCAGAAUCGCUUGUAGUCGUUGAGGAAGAACGUAUCUUCCUUAUAGAUUUCGGGUUGGCUUCCAAAUUUAUGGAUAAUGGGGUACAUCGUCCAUUCGUAAUGGAUCAACGCCGAGCACACGAUGGUACUUUAGAAUUUACAUCACGAGACGCUCAUAUGGGUGCCCAUUCCCGUCGUAGUGAUCUAGAAUGUUUAGGUUAUAACUUAAUGUUCUGGUCUCAAGGUUAUUUGCCAUGGAAGGAUGCAGCAAUUCAGCAUCAACAGGAGAAGGUACAUCGUGCAAAGGAAUACUUAAUGACCGAUGUGCGCGAAAUGUUGAAACAAAUUUAUGGCAAACAGGUUCCUAAAUACUUGGGCGAAUUUCUACAUCAAGUUAGCCAAUUAGCCUACCACGACCGACCAGAUUAUGGACGAUACCGCCGUUUAUUCCAACGUGAAUUUCAGCAGCUUGGCUAUUCACUUGCAGAAUUGCACUUGGACAGCAAGGAAAUAGUGCGCACUUGUGUACGUGUUAAAGAGGAAAUUGAGAACAAAAACGAUAUAUUCGAAAUGAACAAACUCAACGGCAAUGCAGUAUGGAGUAUUAUGAGCAACCUUGCAGUGGGCACACCAUUCCAUGAGCGCACUCUCUCCAAUAGGGUGUCGCCGAAAAACUUGAGGUCCAAAUCUGACAAGAAAUCUAUGAAAAAGAAAAAGUUUUCAUGGGCAGAAAUUCUGUCACAAGAUCCCGACCAGAUUGCCCGCGAACGUGCCGAAAAAGAGUUCGAUCGCGAAGAGGAACUUAGUGAAGUGCAACAACCAAUAGUGCGUCGUUAUGAAGGAAAACCAACAUAUGCUAUAUUAGAGAUUGAAAAUCGCCUAAGGUUAAGCGGCCGAUUAACAGAAGAUAAUAGAGACUCACAUCGAAGAGGCGCUGCUAAUCAGACCGACGAAGAGGAUGAAAAUGAUGAGGAACAGGAUGAGGAAGAAAUGGAAGUAGACGAUACGGAGGAUAUGGAAGAUAACGACAGAGAUUGUGACGACGAUGACGAUGACGAUGACAUAGAAACGGACGCUACAGAAACCAUGGACCACGCGCCUAAUGGUGGACAUAACACACGCGCACAUAAUACACGAUCAACCAGAAAAAAAGAUUAUGUACAAUUAUUAGAAACAGAUAGUCGAAUUCAGUGUUCUACUAAGCAACGUACAAUCAAUUCGACAAAAUCUGCCUUUAAAACAGCAGCAGCCACAUCCAAAUCGAGUCAUGUUGCAAAUAAAAUGACUAUAAAAUCUAGUAGCAAACGGAGUAGUACCGCCGGUCGUAGUAAUCGUAAAGGUUACAUCAAUGAAGGAACUCGAGUAAAUAGCAGCAGUGUAGGUGGUACGGGAAGGCCGGAACGACGAACUCGUCGUUGCUUAAUUGAGACUGAAACAGAGAUGAAUGAUCUGAUCGAUCAACAGGAAAGUAAUUCAAAUUUUAAUCCAGAUGUUUGCAGUUUAUUCAACGUUUGGAAAAAGAUCAAUAAUGAAAACAUCUACUAUCGAGGCAACAACGCCGCAGCAGCGGCAUCAACUCGGCAGUGUAAAAAGUGAAAAAUGUAAACAUGCAGAAGUUUCUACCGAAACUGUUCAAUACUUCUAAAUUUCACACCGCUUUCAAUUAUGUUAGUAAAAUUUUUGCUAAACAUUGCUUUGAAAUGCAUAAAUAACGUAGAAUAAAGUAGUGUAGUACAGCAAACCCGUUUGACAAGAGAAGAGAGUGAAUAAAUAUUGUAAGUAGUGGUAAUGUUU